AUGGCGUCCAGCAGCACGGCCAUGGAUCUGGAUGAACCCUCGAAAGAGGCCUCCAAGACUCCAGGGCUAGGCGGGAAGAACGAGGUCGAUCCGGUUCUUGAGGUACUGAAUGAUGCGAAGAGACGAGUCUACCAGCAAUGUUGGGACGAAGUCACCCAUGGCGAAGGGAACCGCCAGACAGUCUUUUACCAGACAGAUAUUUUGGAUCUCGGCAUUAUCCCAGAUAACAACAUCGAGACGCUUCUUAUGGUGACCCAGGCGCUUUUGGAUGAGAAAUUGUUCAAGGCGGUACAUUCGAGUGAAGGUUUAGGGUUCCGGGUUCGUAGUGAAGACGAAGCCAAAGUUUUUCGAGGUCUCAGUGCAGACCAAGAACUUGUCUACGGCUUGAUUGACGAAUCAGAAGCUGAAGGAAUAUGGCACAAAACUAUCAAAGCAAGAUUGAAUCUCCACGAGACGGCCUUGACGCUAUGUCUCAAACAAUUGCAACAGAAGGGACUGGUUGGUGAAAUGAAAUCCGUACAGAACCCUUCGAGGAAAAUGUGGAUUAAAGCCCAUUUACGGCCCAGUGAGCGAGCUACAGGCGGUUCCUGGUAUACGGACGGAGAAUUGGACGAGGUAUUCAUCCAGCAAAUCUGCGACUUGUUAUAUGCGCACAUCAAGCAAAAGAGCUUCUACUUCUCUUCUUCAGCCUACAAGAAAUCAAGUAAAGGCGGAAAGAAACCCUCUCUCAAAGAAGCCUCAGCAGCCCGAGACAAAGUGCUCGCCUCCAAAGGCCUCGACAAACCCGAAAUCGACGACGAGAGAUCCUCCCGCUCCCGAAAAUACGAUGCGUACUUCCCCAUGCCCGCAGACUAUAACGGCUACCCGAACGUAGACGAGCUCACGGGGUUCAUUCACAACAUCGGAAUCACAUCUCAACUCCUCGUCUCAAGCGAGAUCCAGCAACUACUAGAUAUAAUGUGCUUCGACGGCAAGAUCGAGCGUGUGGUAAUGGGUUCCUAUGAGGGGAAAGAAGCAUCCAUUGGGUACAAAGCCACCAGACGGACGUUGAGAGAUGAGCACGAGCUUGGGAGUGUCCUUACGGAAGCUCCUUGUGGUCGAUGCCCUGUGUUUGACAUUUGUGACGAGGGCGGCCCUGUGAAUCCAAAGGAGUGUACUUAUUUGGAUGAGUGGCUGCAAUUUUGA